AUGUCAACAACUCAGCAGACAUCGGCGCAUGGCAUUGAGCCAUCGCCAGUUGCCCCACCACCAACUUACGUCGACCAGAAGGGAAAUUCAGAUUACUCUGUCGACGUCAAAGAUGUAAAGGACACCAGCUCCAGCGACCGGGGAGAUGAAGAGAAGGUCAAUGAUAUGGGCAUGAAGUCAUCGAUAUCGGCCGACGGGGAGGCAGAGGAGGAGAAGACGUCGAAAUUCGGUCGUUUCUACCGCAAAUACAGAAUUUUUGUCCACCUCGCCAUCUGGCUAGUGAUUACUGGAUGGUUCAUCGCCGCCAUGAUCCUCCCAACCCGCAAGAAGGAAGGCUGGCUCAAGCCAUUCCUUGUUUACCUCGCCAUUACCGUCCGUGUCGUCACUCUCCACGUUUCCACGAAAUAUGUCACAAAGCCAAUUGCUUUCGUCUUUGUCAAUGCUGUCAAGAAACCAGUCGACAUGAUCCCCGACAAGUUGAAGUUGCCUCUUGGAGCUGCUGGAACCGUUGCGGUUAUCAUCCUUGGUACCUUUGUUACCGAAGAAACCGCGGACAACACCAGAUCCAACAGAGCCAUCAGUUGUUUCGGACUCUUGGUCUUCAUUUUCUGCUUCUGGGUCACCUCUAGAAAUCGCAGCCUUGUCAAGUGGAAGACGGUUAUCGUCGGAAUGCUUGCCCAAUUUAUUUUGGCUCUUUUCGUUUUGCGCACCAAGGCCGGUUACGACAUCUUCAACUUCAUUGCUUAUAUUGCCUCCACUACUCUUGGAUACGCUGCUAACGGAACUACCUUCUUGACCAGCGCAGACGUGGUUGCGACACACAUGUUCCUCGUUGGAGUCAUCCCACCGAUUAUCUUCUUCGUUGCGUUUGUCCAACUUCUCUACUAUUGGGGACUUUUGCAAUGGUUCAUCAAGAAGUUCGCUACCCUCUUCUUCUAUACCAUGGGAGUCUCUGGUGCCGAAGCCGUUGUCGCUGCUGCAUCUCCUUUCGUUGGCCAGGGAGAAUCUGCCAUGUUGAUCAAGCCAUUCAUUCCUCAUUUGACCGAUGCCGAGAUCCACCAGAUUAUGACUUCUGGAUUUGCAACUAUCGCAGGAUCUGUUUUGUCCGUAUAUAUCUUUAUGGGUAUCAGUCCAUUGGCCUUGGUCUCAUCCUGUGUCAUGAGUAUUCCAGCAUCUCUCGCCAUCUCCAAGUUACGAUGGCCCGAGACCGAGGAAUCUCUCACCGCUGGUCACAUCACAAUUCCCAAGGACGAGGAGGAACGCGCUGCCAACUCUCUCCACGCCUUUGCCAACGGAGGUUGGUUGGGUAUCAAGAUUGCUGGUAUGAUCGUUGCCGGUCUUCUCUGCAUUCUUGCCCUUCUCGGGUUGGUCGAUGGUAUCCUAGGAUGGAUUGGUAGAUAUCUCACCAUUCAUCACUUGACUAUCCAACUUAUCUUGGGUUACAUCUUCUACCCCAUCGCUUUCCUCCUCGGUGUUGAUCGCAAAGGAGAUGAUAUUCUCAAGGUCGCUCAACUUAUCGGAAUCAAGGUCGUUGCCAAUGAAUUCGUCGCUUUUGACAAUCUUGCAAAUCACGCCGAAUGGGCUAAUCUCACUGCACGAUCCCGUCUCAUUGCAACCUACGCUGUGUGCGGUUUCGGAAACAUCUCCUCUGUCGGUAUCCAAAUCGGUGUCCUUUCUCAACUUGCCCCAGGUCGUGGUGGUCGCAUCGCAAAGGUUGCUUUGUCCGCCUUGAUUUCCGGUGUCAUCUCCACUUUGACCUCUGCCAGUAUCGCUGGUAUGUUGAUCCAUGAUACCGCUGGUUUCUUGGGCAAAACAACUUAG